AUGAUACCAGCACUACUGCGCGCGUCACGUCUUGCCGUCUUUACGUCGCGUACGUUUGCGUCAUCCAUUGAGCAGCUCGUGCUUGUGGAAAAGAAGGACAAGUACGCGAUUGUGCGUCUGAAUCGCCCACCUGUUAAUUCACUCAGCACGGCACUGAUACAAGAACUAGAGACAACUAUCAAGAAGCUUGAGGAUGACAAGAGCAUGCGAGGUUUUAUCCUUGCAUCGUCCAACCAAAAGGUCUUUUGUGCUGGUCUGGACAUUACGGAAAUGUAUAAAGCAGAGCUAAGCAAGAUUACUGAAUUUUGGACGUCACUUCAAGAUCUAUACUUGCGUCUGUACACGACGCGUUUGGCUACAACUGCUGCAAUUGAGGGUCACAGUCCAGCUGGAGGUUGUUUGCUUGCCAUGUGCUGUGACUACCGUGUCAUGACAAGUGGUAAGCCCAUGAUUGGUCUUAAUGAGACGCAAUUGGGAAUUGUGGCACCUACUUGGUUUCGUGACACGUUCAUCAAUACAAUUGGUCACCGAGAGGCUGAGAAAAUGCUGGGGCUGGGAUUGCAAGUGGAUGCAAAUCGCGCGAAAGCUAUUGGACUCGUGGAUGAAGCUGUUGCACUUGAGGAAGUUUUUCCACGUGCUGAAGCUGUCUUGGCCAAGUGGUUGGCCAUUCCAGACAUGGCUCGUGUGAAGACCAAGAUGCUGAUGCGUCAGGAAACGGCGGACAGACUGAUGGCUAUCCGCGAGAAAGAUCUCCAAGCUUUCACUGACUUUGCACAGACGGACAUGGUGCAAAAAUUACUGGGGGCGUACCUUGCUUCUUUGAAGAAGAAGUAA